AUGGCUGUUAUUAUAGGAACUAUGGAAGAUUGGAAUGAGCAACUCAUUGAAGCUGCUAAAAAUGGAAGAGUAGAAGAAUUGAAGCUUUGCCUAUCAAAUGGAGCAAACAUUGAUUUUAAAGUUGGUGGAUGGACAGCAUUAAUGUUGGCUGCCUUUAGUGGACAUGUGGAAGUGUGUCAACUUCUCCUGGAGAACAGAUGUAACAAAGAUAUCACAAAUUAUAGUGGAUGGACAGCAUUAAUGUUGGCUGCCAUUACUGGACAUGUGGAAGUGUGUCGACUUCUCCUGGAGAACAGAUGUAACAAAGAUAUCACAUCAAAAAGAGAUGAAAGAACAGCUUUACAUCUGGCUGCUCAGUGGGGACAUCUACAGGUCACAAGAUGUCUUGUAGAACAAGGAGGUAGCAGUCCCUUGGUUAAAACACAUCAGGGUAAGACUCCAUACGAUCUAGCAGCAGCAGGAAAAAAUGGGCAGUAUAAAGAAGUGAUGGAAUACUUACAGACUGCUGUACUAAGGAUUAAAGAUAAUAAAGUUCCAACUGAAAUAGAAUUAAUGGCUGACAAAAGAUCUGUUCCUUUGUACCUCAAAUUACUCGAGUCAGGAUCUGAGAAAAAAAGAGACAUACGUUUAGUAAUAGUUGGGAAGAAAGGUGCGGGUAAGACUUCAUUGGUUAACAGGUUAUUCAAAGAGGGAAAGAAAGAUGGUGGACCCACAUCAUUAUUUAAAAGAUUGUUUGGAAGAAAUAAUGCAGAUGUUUCAAGCACGAAUGGAAUAGAAAUUCAUGUGAUAAAAUGUAAAGCAGAAUUUGGUGAUAGCAUUUGGAAUAAAUUAGAAGGUAACUAUAAAGAAACUGAACUUAAUGCAAGAUUAUUAAAACCAUACGAAGAAAAACUAGCCAAUAAGCAUAGCUUAGCCAGCAUUGUAAAAGCAGUCCACAAUACCUUUAAGGACACCACUUCACCGACAGGUUUUGAUGAAUCAAAGGUACCUUUAUCAACAUCUCAGCCUACAAAACUAAAACAUCCAGUAGACACUGAAUGUAAAGAAGAAACCCAAGAAGACUCUCAAAUCGAAGGCCAAGUAGCCACUGUCUAUACUGAUAAUCCCUCAGAAGACACUCAAGUUAAACAUUCAGACGGAGCUCAUGAAAAGGUUAAAGACAAUACCCUCAUAACCAAUUUUUACAGACGUGUUGAUGAAUCAAAUGAUUCAACAAUUUUUUCUCAACAGCGUGAAAAAAUAAAAUCUCCAGUAGUCACUCAAGUUGAACCUCCAGUAACCACUAAAUCUAAAAUAACCAACCAAGAGCAAGAAAACCUACUAUUAUCAAAAGCACAUAUGGAUAUCAAAGCCAUGAUGGACAAAUCUAAAAUUGAUUUACAUGACAAAGAGGAGUAUGUCAACUUUUUAUUAUGGGAUUUUGCAGGUGAUGAAGAAUUUUACCACACACACCAGACAUUUCUGUCCCAAGAUGCAAUUUAUCUCGUUGUUACAAAACUGAAUGAGGCUGAUGACAAAAAUGCACAAGAAAUGUUUCAGUUGUGGAUGAAUUCAAUACAUUGCUACUGUAGACUUGAUGAUCAGCAAAAUAAACCUGAAAGUGUUAAAAUGGAUGAGAGUACGGAAAAAGAGGAGACAAAUAUGUGUGAUCCACCAGUAAUUCUUGUUGGUUCACAUAAAGACAAAGUCAGAAAUUCAAAGGGAGAAACGAUAGGGAUUGAAUGCAAGAAGCAGAUUGAAAGCUACGUGAAAGGUGUUUCAGAUGAUGCCUGUGGACAUAUACGAUCUGAAUACUUCAUUUCAAAUACAAAAGAUGAUGAUAGUGUAUUCCAGAAAAUAAAACAGGACAUAUUAAACUUAGCCAGAGGAAUGAAAUCAUGGAAUAAAGCCUACCCAUUGAAAUUUACACAACUGGAAAAAAGUCUUCAAGAGAAGAUGCUAGAGUUACAAAUUCCAAUUAUAACUUUUAAUGAACUGAUGAAAAUCUCUCUUGAAACACCAAUGCCAAUGAAUGAUGAGGAACUUGUGUUGUUUUUGAAACUUCACCAUGAAUUAAGAGCUAUAGUUUAUUUUGGGGAUCUUCCUGAUUUUAUUAUUUUAGAUACACAGUGGCUGUCGGACGCUUUUAAAUGCAUAGUAACAGCAGAGAAAUUUCAAUUUGAUGUAAGCAGACAUAAAAUGAAGGACAAACUGGAGGAUUUAAAUGUUAGAGGAAUAUUACAUACUGAGGUUUUGGACGAUAUCUUUAAAGAUAAAAGAAAUGUUUUGUAUAAACAUGAGCAACAUAAAGAUGAUAUCCUUAAUAUUAUGGAGAAGUUUGAUAUCAUUAUACCUGCAACCCGAGAAAGUGCUGAUGAAAAACCUUGCUACUAUGUUCCUUGCAUGGUAAAAUCACAAUCCGAGUAUGACACAUUUAAGAUGUUGAAUGUAACCAAAGAUACCUGUCAGAAAUCCACAUGGUUAUGUUUCAAAUUUAGGUUCUUACCACCACAUCUAAUUAAUCAUUUAAUUGCUUCACUGAGUCGAGUGUUCGAAGUUGCACAACUGACUGUCCCUAAUCAUAAGAAAUUGCAAGUUGCUCUUUUUAAAGACAAUGUGGUAUUUGAGUUAAAGCAGACAAAAUUGAGAAAAUUGCUUUUAAUGAAAUUUCAAAAUAUCAUUCAGGUUCAGGUUCUGGAAUUUGGAACAGGUGCUGUUAUCAAAAGAGGCUUGUUCAAAGACAUUGGUGACUUUGUGACAGACGAAUUACAAAAGAUAAUACAUACAAGAUUCAAAAUGCCAAAUGUAGAGUUUGAGAAAAAGUUUGAUUGUGGCCUUACAGAGCCCGAAUUAGUCACAGGAUCUAAUGAAUUUAGUGAGGAGGAGAUAACAGAAUAUCUUUGUGGGUCAUGUACAACACUUCAUCCAUUUAUUGGGGAAUGGUCAAAGGAAGGAUAUGAAGUGCUGUCUUUGUCAAAGAGUCCUGAAGAUGUUCCCAGAUAUUAUCCUUACGCAGAAAGCUUGGGACAAAUCCAAACUACGGGUACAUCCACCAAGGUACGUGUCCGUGUCCAAGCUGGUGAAAGAGUAUUUUCAAAUAUCAAUGAUGAAGCAACAGGAACAGACAGUUCGUCAAUGUUCACCAAAGAGGAAAUAAAUUUUACAAAGAUGGGAAUGAUUGCGCUGAAUAUUUUUGCUGAUGUUUUAUAUGACCUCUUAAAACAAGAUAAAGCAAAUGUAUGCACAAGGACCGAUUGUGAUAUAACAUAUUUAUAUCGUGAACACAGGAAACUAAAUAAACACAUUCCUAGUAAUUCUUGGGGAGGAUCAUGGCAAACAAUUCAGACAACAGACAUAGCGAUUGGAGAUGAUAUUGAGCGCAUUAGACUUACGAGAAAUGAACUACAACACUCGAGGAUAUUUAAACUUGACGAAACACGUUUUAAUGAGCUAAGUAAUAUGUCAGGUGACAUUUUAAAAAGGUUUGAUCGUCAUAACACACCAACAAGGCUGUAUACAGAUCAUCUAAAUGACAUUUUGGCUAAAACUAUUUCUGCAGAGGAAGUGAAAUCAAUUGAAAAUGAAAUAUUAGGGAUGACGAUUGAAGUUGAAAUUGAGCACUAAAUCAAUGUUCCACCACAAUAGAGAAAUAUAUCAUCAGAAGUACACAGUCUACCAAAGCAACAGAUAUGCAGUCGAUCUUCUUUAAUAGAAACAUAAAUUUGUGAAAUUCAGGUUGAAACUAUUUAUUCAUAAAACUAUAGACAGCAAGAUGAAGAAUGUGAACCAAAUGGAAAAUAUUGGACUAACGUUAAAGAUUUGACCAACAUGUGAAUGUAUAAUUACUGGGUUUUUUUUUCUCAAAAGGAUUCAAAUGCAACUAACACUGUAAUAGUAAUAUUGGUAAUACCUUACUACUCAUCUAAUUGCUAUUUACAUACUAUAACAAAUAUAUGUUAAACUUUAUAAACAUGUAUCUAUUCUUGCAUGGAAAUCAAGAAAACUUGUAUAUUACAGAACUGAAA